GUCGAGGACGUUUCGCGUCGACGCGCGUACUGGGACCUUCCGGAAUUGAGUUUAGUCGGGCUUCGGGAUGGGUCAGUUAACCUGGUAAACAGAGCUGGUGAUUUUUAUAUUUGUUUAUUUUUGGUGUGUUCGUUUCCAGGAUCUUUUAAAUCGAAAGAUUACCAUAAAAUGGUACUGAAAGUAGAUGACGAACCUUGCGAAGAAACAAAACCUAUAUUAGACUCGACAGCAUCCAGCGAAAUAGACGACACCGAAAAUAAACUACAGGAAGCUUACAGAAACAUAGCUGGCUCGAUGAAAGCUGAUCCAUUGUCGAUAGACAAACCCAUAAUAGCCCUAGACUUAUUUUCAACGGCAGUAAAAGUCCAAAACGUACCGUUAGCCAAACAAUGUAUCGAAAACCUCAACAAACAUCUAGAUAAAACCAACGUACUGCUAAUUCUACAUCAUUUAUCGAAAUGCAAGAAGUUCGAAACGUCGUACGACAUGGAACCAUCGGCCCCGCCUCUAUUAGAAGAAGAAUACGAAGGCAGCCACGACUGGGUACAAGAUCUCAUCGAUAAUUUGAGAAACAACUGCCUUCUAGAGAUAGACAGAAACGCCGAUUUCAUACUUAGACAAAAGGAGAUGCUAGAUUUGACUUACGUCGACAUUUUGGCCAUAACCACGAGAGAUACCCUUCAAGUUUCGUCGGAAAUUUUGGUUUACAGCGUCGUGAUGAGGUGGUGCAUCGAAGAAUGUAAAAGAAGAACGUUAGAAAUCCAAAAAAUUAAUAUAACGGCCGUUUUAAGGGAUCUCGCGUACGCCCCUAGAUACGGUCUCAUGACGAAAAAAGAGUUUCUGUGCCGUACGGUAGAUGGCGUCAAAGGUCCCGAUCGCAGCGGGAUACUGAACGAAGUCGAAACCGAAAGAAUUUUGGAUUACAUCAAAAGAAAAGGGAAGAAUCGAUCGGGGGACGAAUUGCCGCACAAAGGCAGCCAGCCGAGGAUUGUCGGUUCGAAAUCGGAAACGAACAGGGAAAGUAGAUGCGAUAAAUUUAUCAUAAAUUUUUUUACUUGUUGGACUGCGGUUUUCGAUUGAAAAUCGAUUGUUCGCAUCGAUUAUUCCGUCUAAAUAAGUUACUUUCCAAUUAUCUCGUAUAUUCAUAUCAUUAUCUUUCAUUUACGGAAUUCGUUGAUUGUUUUUGGAGGAAUUGAUGAAUUGGGUACGGAGAACAAUGCCAGUCGGGUUAUAUAGCUCGGAGUGAGAUUGUUUUUUACUCGUAAGAAGUUUUUUUAUCGUUUAGACCGGAAAUUACUUGUUAUUAACGAAAUUAUGAUAGAAAAAAAUGUUUUAUUACAAUGCCAGUCGGGUUAUAUAGCUCGGAGUGAGAUUGUUUUUUACUCGUAAGAAGUUUUUUUAUCGUUUAGACCGGAAAUUACUUGUUAUUAACGAAAUUAUGAUAGAAAAAAAUGUUUUAUUACAAUGCCAGUCGGGUUAUAUAGCUCGAAGUGAGAUUGUUUUUACUCGUAAGAAGUUUUUUUAUCGUUUAGACCGGAAACUAGCUUGUUCUCAUCGUUUAAACCGGAAAUUACUUGUUAUUUAAGAAAUUAUGGUAUUUUAGAACAAUGUCAGUCGAGUUAUAUAGGUCGAGGUGAAGUUGUUUUCCGAUUAGGCAGAAGAUUUUUCCGUUUUCUCAUCCUUUAGACUCAAAAUCGGCGUAUUAUUAACAAAAUUAUGACAAAAAAAUGUUUUAUUACUAUGCCAGUCGAGUUAUAUAGCUCGGAGUGAGAUUGUUUUUUACUCGUAAGAAGUUUUUUCAUCGUUUAGACCGGAAACUAGCUUGUUCUCGUCGUUUAAACCGGAAAUUACUUGUUAUUAACGAAAUUAUGAUAGAAAAAAUGUUUUAUUACAAUGUGAGUCGAGAUAUAUAGAUCGAGGUGAGAUUGUUUUUCGAUUAGGCAGAAGAUUUUUCCGUUUUCUCAUCCUUUAGACUCAGAAUUGGUGUAUUAUUGACAAAAUUAUGAUGAAAAAAUGUUUUACUACAAUGCCUGUCGGAUUAUACAGCUCAGAAUGAGAUUGUUUUUUACUCGUAAGUUUUUUUAUCUUUAAGACCGGAAACUAGCUUGUUCUCAUCGUUUAAACCGGGUAUUACUUGUUAUUAACGAAAUUAUGAUAGAAAAAAUGUUUUAUUACAAUGUGAGUCGAGAUAUAUAGAUCGAGGUGAGAUUGUUUUUCGAUUAGGCAGAAGAUUUUUCCGUUUUCUCAUCCUUUAGACUCAAAAUCGGCGUAUUAUUAACAAAAUUAUGACAAAAAAAUGUUUUAUUACUAUGCCAGUCGAGUUAUAUAGCUCGGAGUGAGAUUGUUUUUUACUCGUAAAAAGUUUUUUCAUCGUUUAGACCGGAAACUAGCUUGUUCUCGUCGUUUAAACCGGAAAUUACUUGUUAUUAACGAAAUUAUGAUAGAAAAAAUGUUUUAUUACAAUGUGAGUCGAGAUAUAUAGAUCGAGGUGAGAUUGUUUUUCGAUUAGGCAGAAGAUUUUUCCGUUUUCUCAUCCUUUAGACUCAGAAUUGGUGUAUUAUUGACAAAAUUAUGAUGAAAAAAUGUUUUACUACAAUGCCUGUCGGGUUAUACAGCUCGGAAUGAGAUUGUUUUUUACUCGUAAGUUUUUUUAUCUUUUAGACCGGAAACUAGCUUGUUCUCAUCGUUUAAACCGGGUAUUACUAGUUAUUUAAGAAAUUCUGGUAUUGUAGAACAAUGUCAAUCGACUUAUAUAGGUCGAGGUGAAGUUGUUUUCCGAUUAGGCAGAAGAUUUUUCCGUUUUCUCAUCCUUUAGACUCAAAAUCGGCGUAUUAUUGACAAAAUUAUGACAAACAAAUGUUUUAUUACAAUGCCUGUCGGGUUAUAUAGCUUGGAGUGAGAUUGUUUUUACGCGUAAGAAGUUUUUUUAUCGUUUAGACCGGAAACUAGCUUGUUCUCGUCGUUUAAACCGGAAAUUACUUGUUAUUAACGAAAUUAUGAUAGAAAAAAAUGUUUUAUUACAAUGUGAGUCGAGAUAUAUAGAUCGAGGUGAGAUUGUUUUUCAAUUGGGAAGAAGAUUUUGAAGGUUUUUCAUCAUUUAGACCCAAAACUAACGUUUUAUUAACAAAAUUAUGAUAAAAAAUUGAUAUUUUCAUUAAAAAAAUUUCUUUUUGUGGGCAAUAUCGGUGUAAAUAUUAGAAGCACUUUUCCAUAUUUCUCAUAUUUAAAUGUGUCCAAAAUAUGACAGUUAACGAUAUAAAUAUCCUCUAAAGAUAAGGAUUUAUAACUUCGAAAUCUUCCACAUUUUGACCACACCUCGUAAAAUUGGAACAAAGUUUUUGUCCGCUAUAUUAUGAACACCAAAAUGUACUAACUCUAAUAUAUUUCCGAUUUUUCGUAUCCAAGCUGGAAAUAUAUUAGAGUUAGUACACUUUGGUUUUUAAUUUUGCCACAAUCCCACUACUAAAACGUUCAUAAUCCAGCUGGCAAAAGCUUCGUUUUAUUAAAAAAAAUAAAAAUAAAUAAAAAGAUAUUUGUUGACAGAUGUGUUCACCUCUUUUAGAAAAAAAAAGAGUCUAAAUGUUAGAUAUAAUUAUAUUUUCAUAGGAAAAUGAAUUUCCAUAGGGUUUCCUUAUGAAUCAAAAAAUUUAUUUUCAUUUUUCACGGUAUAUACAUGGAUUUUGCGAAAAAAAUUAAUUUCCAGUUAUUUCGGACAAAUUAUAAAAACUGGCAACAACGCCAACGAAUUUUUUUACAAUCUCAACACGAUUUGAAAAAUAGUUUUCCGAACGCGUCACAAUUUGACAUAUUUUUGAAUUUUUUUCUCUAAAUUUUUUGAAAAUUUCUAUCUAUUUCCAGUGUUGCCAGUUUUAUUAUAAAUUCGCGAAAUAUAUUAAAAUUUUUAAAUAAAAAAUAACGUGAUUUGAACAUUUAGAUACAUAUCUAUUUUUGGUACAGACCGUAAUAUUAAUUAUUCCCCAUGUAUAUACCAUAUAUAAUUUCGAAAAACUAAAAGAAUUUAAAAAAAUAAAUCGAAUUUAUUACGCAACCCUCGUAUAUUCAAUAUACAUAUAAUGUUAUAUCAGAUUUCGAUUUUAUUUGAUGAUGAAAUCAUUUUAUACGAAACGUAUCUCAUUUAUGUUUUGGUAUUACAUCUUUCGCAAUAUCCCCCGUAGAAUAUUUUAGUGCUAAUAUUUCUUUUAAAUCGAUAGAAAUUUGAAAAAAGUCGAAUUUAUAACGAUCCCCUCGUAUAUUUGACAUAAAUAUGUUUAUUUUUUUUUUCGUCAAUGUAUCUUUCGUAAUACCCCCGUAGCACAUUUUCGUAUAAAUAUUAUUAAAAAAAGAAUUUGAGAAAAAGAAUCAAAUUUAUAACAAUACCCUCGUAUAUUCAAGUUAGGUGUCAAUUAAACUACGUCAUAUUAGAUUUCGAUUGAUGAUGGAAUAUUUUUAUUCGAAACGUAUCUCAUUUAUUCGAUGUAUAAAAUUUUUGAAAUCAUUCGUUUCGUCAUUAUUUCUUUCGCAAUAUCUCCCGUAGCAUAUUUUCGUAAAAAUAUUUUCUUUUAAAUGGGAAAGAAUAUAGAAAAAAGUCUUAAUUAUAACAAUACCCUCGUAUAUUCAUGAUUUAUAUUUAUAUAUAUUAUUUUUUCACCACUAUAUCUUUCGCGAUACCCCUCGUAGCAUGAAUGACAGUACUCAUUACCGCCAUUUUGUAGAAAAAUACAAUUUUCGUAAAAAUAUUUUUUUAAAUCUAAAAAUAGAGUUGAAUUUAUAACAGUACCCUCGUAUUUACAAGAUACAUAUUGUUUUAUUUUCCACUAUAUCUUUUAUUUAUCAUAAUAUAUUUCGUAAUACCCCUCGUAACUCAAUAUAAUAAAUAAAUGACAGUUAUAUCCUCCACUUUCCGUACUUCCGCCAUUUUGUAUAAAAAAUUGAAAUUUGAUAUACCGUGUGAAAUAAUUCUAGUCGUAUUAUUGUUAAUUAUUAAAUUAUUUAAAAAAAUUAUUUAUUACCCUGUGAUUUUAUUUAAAUUGUUAAAAAAACUUAUAAAUGUUGAUAAUAGGAUUUUUCUAUUGUUGUUAAUAUAUUUAAAAAAAAAUUUCUACUAACACACUUUUUUUAUUUUAGGCUGUGUUUAAAUCAAAUAAAAUUUAAGAAAUUUUA